UUCAAUCCUUCAAUCUAGGUGCAUGAAUCCCUACUAAAGAAAAUGGGGAUGUACAGAAAUGACUCCAAGAAAGAAAUUUUAGUCCUAAUGGAGUGUAGAUCCAACUCUGAAUUCUCAAAAUGACUGGUUUCAUUUUUUUAUCUUUUCAUUUUCACUCUCCAAAUUAAACUUUUAGACUAGUAAAUGUCUAAUUCCUCCUCCUUUCUCAGAUUACAAUUUUGAUCUAGUUGAGGAGAUUUUGAUAGUCCCAAUCUAGUUAAAACUGAGGAAGAAAAUAUUAUAGCACUUUAUCAAAUUUCAGGGUUGUUAUUAAGAUAAAGUGAGGCAAUAUUUGUAAAGGUCUACAUAAAUAUUAGUUAUUGUUAUCAUCUGGAGCCUUCCUCCCAUGCCCAUAUCCCUAUGCUGUUUCUAAUCUCCAAAAGAGUAUCCAAUAUUACACUUCUGGCUUCCCUUGGGAGCUCUGAAGCUCGAACUUCAGCCUAAGCCCAUCCAGGAGGAAUUGUGGUCUUAUUAGGGAAAGCCUGGAAUUUCUUAAAUUAGAGAACAAAAACCUUUCUUGGACAGUCUCCACCGUACUUCCCUCCCUCCUAGCCAUAUGCCGCCAAGGAAAAAGGGUCUCUGGAAGCUGGAAAUCGAUCUCCCUGACACUAGGAAGGUCCAGAGCUGACAGUGGGGGUGCCGCCCCCUCUUCCAGUGGGGCUCGGGAAGAGGGCUAGCUCUGGGCAUAGCGAGGUAGGGCAGGCGGCUCAAUUCCAGAGGCAGGAAGGUGGGCUGGGCCGGGGAGGGGCGGGGACCCCGCUGCUCACGAUCUUGCCCUCCCCUCCAACUACCCUUAAAGCUGGGUGGCCGGGAUCCCUCUCCCGGGAGAAGCCCUCCCGCCUCCGGGGGAGGGGGCUGUAGGAACGAAGGGCGGAGCAGAGGCGGCCAGGGAGAGCCACUCGGUGGGGCCUCGAGGAACCCCCAGUAGCCGGGCACCCCGACAACUUAGCGUGCGCUCCGCGCCGGGACCUACUCGUGUUUCAGGCCAUCCCGGUAACCAUGCAAAUGUGGUAGGAGCUAGAAUACAAACAGCACUAUCUGGAGGAUACAGGAAAUGUGGAGUCCUGGGGCCUUCCUCGUGACCUGGAUUUUCAUUUUGGGAGUGAACAGCACAGAGCAUUUCUACCGGCCAGGCCGUAGGAUAUGCUCCACAGCAGCUACCAGGGAAACUGUCCCCGUCACGGAGUCCUACAUCCAGAGGGUCUACCAGCCCUACAUUACCCUCUGUGAAGGCCAGAGAGCUUGCAGCACCUAUCGGACCAUCUAUAAGACUGCUUACCGACACACCCCUCGGACAAUCUCCCCACCACAAUAUGCUUGCUGCCCGGGCUGGAGAAGAAGUAAUGGGCUCCCUGGUUGUGGCACAGCACUAUGCCAGCCACCUUGCCAGAACGGAGGAAGCUGCGCCAGGCCUGGAAGAUGCAGAUGCUCUGCAGGGUGGCAGGGAGACACUUGCCAAACAGAUGUGGAUGAGUGUAGUCAACCUGGUCACGGCUGCCCCCAGGAUUGCAUCAACGUUCCCGGGAGUUACCACUGCCAGUGCCAGGAGGGAUAUGAGCUAUCUUCGGAUGGGAGACUGUGCCAGCCUCGGAGUGGUUCCCCACAAGUGACCUCAGCUCUCUGUCCCACUGGGCAGCCUCAGCCAGAGGCUUCUGAUGAAAUGAAAGAAGAAAUGCAAAAACUAAGGAAUCGAGUGGAUGUGUUGGAGGAGAAGCUGCAGCUGAUGCUGGCUCCCUUCCACAGCCUGGCACCCCAGGCCCCAGAGGACGGGCUGUCUGCUGACCACAUCAGCCUUCUGUCCCACUCUUUCCAGCAGCUGGAUCGGAUUGAUUCCCUGAGUGAGCAGAUUCUGUUCCUGGAGGAACGGCUAGAGACCUGUAAGUGGAUGGCUUCUUUUCCUCUCCCUACCCCAAGUAAUGAGCCUCCGAUUAAAGGAAACUGGCUCCUCACUGUGAGCCUUCCUUUGCACUGCUGGUUCUCUAUCUUCUUACGUAAGGAGUCUUUCUCCUCCAUCAUGCUGAGAGCUCUGUAAAGGCAGGGAUCAGUUGGGCUCUUUAUUUCCCUAACAGAUAUAAGUCUGUACUAGGGAAUUUUGGAAAAAGAAACCCGUGUGGGUAUCUGGGAUUGAUCCAGGCAGGCUCCCAGAGGAGCUGGGACUUUAGCUAGGAUCCCUAAAGCAUGAGUAGAAUGUGAGAGAAGAGGAAAAGGGUAGGGAGAGGGGAAGGGGAGGUAUUCUCAGUCAAAAAAGCAGCAUUGAGGCAUGUUGGCUUGGAAACAGAUUUGAGGCUUUUGCGGUUCUCAGGAAGGCUUCAGUCCGGUCCUGCCCUGGCCCAAGCCACAGGCACAGAGCUGAAGUCUAUGAAAUCUAGCACAAUCUGGGGGCUGCCUAAACGUCAACGAAAACAAUGGACGCUUGGCAGAUCAAUGGUCAAAUCAAGAGCAACUACUGUGUGCUCAGGGCAAAGCUAGCUGCUGAGGGAGAGAGAAAAAAAGAGAGAAAGCAUUUUUUCACCUAAGGGGCUUAUUAUAAGUCCUGCCUUGGAGACCACCGCGUUGCCUUACCACCCCUGACUUCCCUAAAAUAAAUAGAGUACCCAACAUGCCUCAGGUUCGGUUCUUGGGUGCUGGGUAUUGGAGAACGGAGGUAGGGAAGACCAUGGGGCUGGAGCCCCAGAUGGAGAAGGAAGCCCACAUACGGCCUUAGUACCCAACAUGCCUCAGGUUCGGUUCGUGGGUGCUGGUUAUUGGAGAGCGGAGGUAGGGAAGAUCAUGGGGCUGGAGCCCCAGAUGGAGGAGGAAGCCCACAUACGGCCUUCCUUCCUAUUCUGGAAAGGAAGCCAGAGCACUGAGGGCCCCAUUUCCCUGUGGUUAAUGGGGGGGUCAUGUGGGUUCUGGGUUCCUUUGCCCCCCACUGACACCAGUGUCUCCUCCACUUCUUCCUGGC